AUGCGGCGGCCGCGGGGGUUGGGUUUCGAGAAGGCCGCAGUCGCCAGCGCCCUGACCAAUCACGACGGCGUUCUGUCACUCGGAAGCGGCGCCGUGCUCGAUCCCGACACUCGUACCUCGGUCGAACACCAUCGUGUCGUCUUUCUCCGUGUCCGGCUGUCUGAGGCCGUCAAGCGCAGCAGCCUCGGCACCUCGAGCCCGCUGCUCCUCGGUAACGUCCGGUCCCACAUCAAGGCGCUGCUGGACGAACGCCUGCCCGUCUACGAGUCCGUCGCGACAGAGACCGUCAAUGCCUACGGCCGCACCCCCAAGGACGUGGCGGCGGAGAUCUCGACAGAGAUUGCGGCGUGA